AUGACCGACUAUCUUACCGCACUCGUACAGAUCAUCGCCUCCAAUGUGAAGACUCUACAGAGCGCGUAUGCAAAGAACGGGAGCAGUUACCCUUCGCUAGACGAGCCACUAGAUCCGACUCAAGCAGCGGAAAUAGCUGCCAACAAGGAUGUCCAAGAAAAUAUUCGGUUGAUCGUCGCGGCUGCAACCCAACUUGUAGCAUCUGUUCGGUCCCCGUUCGAUGUCUUGGGGGAGCAAGCGACUGGCAUGUACAACACAGUCACACUCUCGUUCGUGAACGAUCACAAUGUAGCCGACUUGCUGAAAGAGGCCGGUCCCCAGGGGCUCGAUGCCAAAGAAAUUGGCAGGAAGAUCGGCGUCGAUGGUGUUUACGUCGCUCAGUGCCUCCGCUACCUAGCCACCCGGCACAUAUUCCGCGAAGUUAAGCCCAAUGUCUUUGCAAACAACCGACUAUCGUUUGCUCUCGUCAAGAGCAAACCCUUCAAAGAGAUUGAAUCUGAUACAAUAACGAAAUAUGACGACGCACCUAUCUCUGCUUUCGUCGGCCACGUGACGGAUGAAGGGCUCAUCGGCAGUCAGAGCUUCAUCGAGUUCAUGAGACACCCGAAGGGCUAUUCUUCGCCACUUAGCAUGGCCCUUCAAGAACGUACUAGCAUGUUUGAAUGGUAUGCACAACCGGCGCAGACAUGGCGAGCGCGUCGGUUUGCCACAGCCAUGAAGGCGCCGGCUACACUGCGGGGGCAGGGGGCGUAUGCUUCAGCACUAGACUGGAAUGCCCUUCCAAGUGGAAGUACGAUUGUCGAUGUGGGAGCUAGUACGGGUGUAGUCACUAUGGAAAUAGCACGCUCUGCACCGCAGCACAAGUAUGUCCUACAUGAUUUGGAAGGGGGCAUUGCGGCAGCGCAACGGCACUGGGCAAAGGAAUGGCCAGAAGCCAUUGAUAACGGGAUUGUGGCACUAGAAGUCCAUAGUUUCUUUGACCCCAUGCCCGUUCAGGCGGAUGUCUAUUUCAUGCGGGCCAUCAUCCACGAUUGGCCAGAAGCGGAAUGUCGCAAAAUUCUGGGACAUUUGAACGCAGCGGCGAAGUCUACUUCGAAACUCGUCCUCUUCGAGAUGAUGGCUCUUCAUGCAUGCGCGGAUGACCUUGUUGGCAGCAACAAUGCGCCAUAUCCUCUACUUGCGAACCUUGGAAUCGCUGGGGCAGGUUUUGUCACCAUGAUCGAUAUGCAUAUGAUAUCGCUACUCAAUGGCCGAGAACGGACUGCGAGAGAGUACGAAGAAUUGGGUAGGCAGACUGGUUGGAAACUUGAGACAGUGAAACCAGGUCUUGUGCCGGCCUUCAUCUUCAGCAAGGCAGUGGAAUAG